AUUUAGAGAUCAUAUGAUCAAUGAUCCAUUGAUUUGUCUUUUUUCCGUCAAAAGUCCUUCUUACUCCUUAGUAGUGAUUAAAGUUAGAAUUUAUUCAAUUUACGGGGGUGGUAACAGCCAAAAUGAAAGGAUCCAUUUUCAACAUCGACGCUGGAUAUCUGGAGGGACUUUGUCGUGGUUUUAAGUGUGGUAUUCUGAAACAAUCGGACUAUCUAAACUUGGUACAGUGCGAGACUCUGGAAGAUCUUAAACUGCACUUACAAGGUACUGAUUAUGGAACUUUUUUGGCCAAUGAGCCCAGCCCAUUGGCUGUGUCAACAAUCGACGAUAAGCUUCGUGAAAAGCUGGUCAUUGAAUUCCAGCAUAUAAGAAACCACUCUGUUGAACCAAUGUCAACUUUCUUGGAUUUCAUCACUUACAGUUACAUGAUCGACAACAUAAUUCUUUUGAUUACUGGUACCUUACACCAGAGGCCGAUAUCUGAGUUGAUACCCAAAUGCCACCCUCUUGGAUCUUUUGAACAGAUGGAAGCUAUUCAUGUUGCGGCCACACCUGCCGAACUGUACAAUGCUGUGUUGGUGGAUACACCAUUGGCUCCGUUCUUUGUUGAUUGUAUCAGCGAACAAGAUUUAGAUGAGAUGAACAUUGAGAUUAUUCGUAACACUCUGUAUAAGGCAUACCUUGAAGCCUUCUAUGAUUUUUGUAAGAACAGCAUUGGCGGCACAACUGCCGAUGUUAUGUGCGAAAUUUUGGCUUUUGAAGCUGAUCGUCGUGCUAUAAUUAUAACUAUCAACUCGUUUGGAACAGAGCUUUCUAAAGAUGAUCGUGCAAAAUUGUACCCUCGUUGUGGAAAACUUAAUCCUGAUGGAUUGGCUGCUCUGGCACGUGCUGACGAUUAUGAACAAGUGAAAGCUGUUGCAGAAUAUUAUGCUGAGUACUCUGCUCUUUUUGAAGGAGCUGGUAGCAAUGUUGGAGAUAAGACUUUGGAAGACAAAUUCUUUGAGCAUGAGGUGAGCCUAAAUGUGAUGGCAUUCUUGCAGCAAUUCCAUUUUGGUGUAUUUUACUCUUACCUGAAGCUAAAGGAACAGGAAUGCAGGAAUAUUGUAUGGAUAAGUGAAUGCGUUGCACAAAAACAUCGGGCUAAAAUAGACAACUACAUUCCAAUCUUUUAAAGGCCUAAAGUCCAACGCAACAAAUGUAUUAAAAAAAGUAUAUUUAUCAUAUUAUUUAAAAUUAUAUAUAUUGGUCUUGUUUAGAUUUUACUAGAUAAAGUUCAGUACUUUAUUAUUUAUUGCAAAAACUAAAGAUUAUAAGUAA